AUGAGAGUGCUGAUCCGGCCCAUCCCAUCAGAACUGGAUGAGAGUAAAGUGCAGAGUCUCGUGGACACCCUGCAGUUACAGGAAGAUGCAGACCAGGUGCCCCCUAUUGAUGUUCUCUGGAUCAAAGGGCGCAAUGGAGGUGAUUACUUUUACUCAUUCGGUGGAUGUCAUCGUUAUGCGGCACAUCAGAGGCUCAACAGAGAAACUAUAUCAGCCAAAAUUAUCCAGUCUUCUAUCAGCGAUCUACGUACAUACCUGGGUUCCAGCACACCUGACCUGCAAUAG